AUGGAGAAGGCAGAUGCCAAGGAUCAACCUUCCCAGGGGGACGAAGAGAAAGAUCCUCCGAAGAGCCACCCUUACUCUGUGGAGACCCCAUAUGGCUUUCAUUUGGACUUGGACUUCCUCAAAUAUGUGGAUGACAUUGAGAAGGGACACACCAUCAAAAGGAUUCCGAUCCACAGAAGAGCCAAGCAGGCUAAGUUUAGUACUUUGCCCCGAAACUUCAGCCUUCCUGACAGUGGGGCUCGAACCUAUGCUGCUCCUCCCCAGCAAAACUGGUCUCCAGUGGUGCCCAGAAAGAUAUCUCUGGGGAUCCAGGAGCAAUCCCAGUCACUGCCGCUGGGUGAUGUCCCCCAGGCCUCAGGGCAUGGCAGUGAGCUGAGCUAUCACAGGAAGGUCCUGUUGGCAGAGGGUAUGAGGCAGGUGGAGGCUGGUGCUCUGGAAGACGGUGGGAGUGGACGGCCCCAGCUUUUAAGAGCAUCCAGCAUGCCUGCUACCCUGCUGCAAAACCGGGCCCCUGAUGAGCCCAGCCUGACCUCAGGUCCUUCCACACUUCUUGCCCUCCCUCUGCUUCAGGGUGAAGGCAGUGCCUGUGACAGGGCCUUUGACCCUGCAGAAGGGUUCACAGGUUUCCAAGCAUCAACCCAAUCAACAGACAGAGGGUUGGGAGAGCUGGAACCAGCAAUUCCAGAGCUGGUCUGGGAGGGGGUUGAGCCUGAAGAAGGUGACAUAAAGGCUUCAAGUCACCUCUCUCAGCCAGGUUCUCCCUCCUCAGUCCAGAAUGUACCCAUGGUUCUAGAAAAUAUGGGAAUUCAGCACCAAGCCAGAAAAGCAGAGGUGGUGUUAACUCCUGGCUCCUCCACACCCAGCCCGCCCCCUCUGCCAUCCCCCAUCCCUGAGAAUGAGCUCUCCCUGGAGGAAAUUGAGCUCAAUAUCAGUGAGAUCCCACCCCCUCCUCCCAUAGAGGUAGAUGUGAGGUGCAUUGGUAUCCAGGUAACAGAGGAAAGCCUGGGCCUGGCGGGGACAGACACCAAUAGUAUCUCCAGCCUGAAGAAUCAGUUCUCAGCCCUUGAGGACAAGUUGUCAGGGAGAACAGAGGAGCUUACCCAGGUCAGAGCUGCCCUUGCAUGGCAGCAAGAGGAGACCAAGGCUAGGGAACAGAGGAUCCAAGAGUUGGAGUGCACUGUAGCCCAAUUAGAAGAAAAACUUAGUCAAGAGAAGGCCAGUGAUGCUCUGGACCGGACUGAUGCCACAGUGAACACCGACCCUCUUCUUGAACUCAUCCCCAGAGAAUCAUGUGAUAAAAACAUUGGGGUCAACCUGCUGAGAACCCCAGAUCCUGAAUGCUGGACAUCUACAGCAGAGAGGAAUGGCUUCCCAUGGGUCCAGAAUAGUCACAAGCGAGGCCAUCAGAGCCCUGAAGGGCCUGUGCUGCCACCAACCCAGCUGUCACUGUCAAGGGGACCUGAGCAGGUCCUUGCCUCGUCCUUAUGCAGCUGCCUCUCCAUGGAACUCAGGAUUGAAGAAGAUGUCUCUGAGCAGGAGAGAGGCUCACAGGUGGGGGCUGAGGACUUGAGCAGGGUGACAGGAGCCUCUUCCUGGAGCAGCACCAGAGAGUCUGCCUCAGUGAUCAGAGAGGAGGCCAGCUCAGAACUCCCAGGGGCAGAGCGUCCAGGAAGGCCUGCAAGUUCCCCACAAGAUGCCACGAUCGGGCAAUACGUUAAGAAGAUCCAAGAGCUACUGCAUGAGCAGUGGAACUGCCUGGAGCAUGGGUACCCGGAGCUGGCCAGCGCCAUCAAGCAACCUGCUUCCAAGCUCAGCAGCAUCCAGAACCAGCUGCUCAGUUCCCUCAACCUGUUGCUCUCUGCCUACUCAGCCCAGGCCCCAGAGCAGAAGGAGCCACCUGCCCAACCCUCCGCCACCCCUCCACCGCCACCGGAGAUCUCUCCAUCGACCAGCCUUAAAUCCAUAAUGAAAAAGAAAGACUAUGGCUUCCGUGCAGGAGGUAAUGGGACCAAAAAGAACCUUCAGUUUGUUGGGGUUAACGGUGGCUAUGAGACCACUUCCAGUGAGGACACCAGCGGGGAGGACAGCUCCCCUGAGGACGUGUCUGACAGUGAGACUGAGAAGAAACGUGAUUGCUCAGAGCCCAGACAGGGCAGAGACACACAUCCCCCCCGUGAGGCUGGGCAGGAUGUCCCCGAAGGCACUGGUAACUCAGGCCAGACAAGUGGGUCUGGGGAGGAAGUCUCUCAUCUGAGGCCUGAGAGGUGUAAACCGUCAGAGGAAUUUCUUAAUGCAUGCCAGGCACUGAGUCAACACCUGCCAGAAACCGGGGCCACCACCAAGCAGCUCCUGAGGCAAAGCUUGAAUACCAUCAGUCAAGAGUGGUUCCGCGUGUCCAGCCGGAAGUUAGCUAGCCCUGCAGUGGUGGCCGCCUACCUCCUCGAGGUCCAGCCUCAUUCCCACCUGCUGAAGCUGCUCGUCAACCUGGCUGACCGAAGUGGGAACACAGCCCUUCACUACAGUGUGUCGCACUCCAACUUUGCCAUCGUGAAGUUACUGCUGGACACAGGUGUCUGCAAUGUGGAUCAUCAGAACAAAGCUGGCUACACUGCUGUGAUGAUCACUCCCUUGGCUUCUGCAGAGACAAAAGAAGACAUGGCUGUUGUCUGGAAGCUCUUGCGAGAAGGGAACGUAAACAUCCAAGCAACUCAGGGAGGCCAAACUGCGCUGAUGCUAGGAGUUAGCCACGAUCGGGAGGACAUGGUCCAAGCACUGCUGAGCUGCCAGGCAGAUGUCAACCUCCAGGACCAUGAUGGAUCUUCUGCCCUCAUGCUGGCCUGUCACCAAGGCAACGCCGACUUGGUGCGACUGCUCCUGGCACACCCAGACUGCAACAGCAGCCUGACUGACAAGGCUGGCCGAACAGCUUUGUCCAUCGUUCUGAAUUCACCUGCCCAUGUGGAAAUCGCAGAGCUUCUGCAGGCCCACUCGGAGCAGGGCAGGUCCCUGGGGCUGUAG